GAUUCCAGCUGGAGGAAGAGACUUCACUUCCGUGAUCAAACUCAUGUUUCUCCCCGGGAUUAGGCUCUAAAACCCGGGGUUCUGGUUCUAAUCCCCGGUCCGGGACCCGGAGCUCAUGCUGAUCCGGGAACCCUGAAAUCUCGCGAGAGGAGCCAGCUGAACAGGACUGAUGCCGGGCGUCUCCAUGAUGACGGAGCUGGACCACCAGAGACGUUUCCAGGCCGCCGUGGACGUGAUCCAGAACCUUCCCAAGGACGGCUCGUACCGGCCCGGCUACGACGUGAUGCUACGUUUCUACAGCCUGUACAAGCAGGCCGUCUGCGGGCCCUGCUCCGUCCCCCGACCCGGGUUCUGGGACCCGGUGGGGAGAUACAAGUGGGAUGCGUGGAGUCGUCUGGGCUCCAUGACCCGAGAAACGGCCAUGGCGGCAUACGUGGAGGAGAUGAAGAACGUAGCUCGGGAGGUCCUGGACUCCCUCCCGGUGAACCAGACCACCGCCUCUCUCUUCCACCACUUUGAACCUCUUUACCUGGUGAUUGACGACAUGCCCCGCCCCCCGGACUCACUGCUCGCGCUCAGAGGAGAGGGCCCUGCAGAGACCCGGUCCCCCGGCGGUCCUGCAGAGACCCGGUCCACCGAGGGUCCUGCAGAGACCCGGUCCCCCGGUGGUCCUGCAGAGACUCUGCAGGUCCAGGAACCCGCCCAAGACCAGGACCCGCCUGAACCUGCAGGCCCCGGCAGCAACGAACCGGACCGGCAGACCAGGACAGACCCGGACUCUGUGGUCCCAGAGGGCCCGGUGGUCCCAGAGGCCCCGGCGGUCUCGGACGGCCCGGUGGUCCCGGACGCCCCGGCGGUCACCAGCGACUCGGAGACUGAGGUCUUCUGUGACUCGGUGGACUCGGUGGAGCAGCUGAGCUACGUCCGGGUCUCGGCCAGGAAGUCCAACGGUUUCCAGAACGGUCUGGUGGCCCUGCAGACCGUGCAGACCCCCCCGGACUCCCCGGACCAGCUAGAACCCGGUCUGGGACCAGGACUGGGGGGCCGGCAGGUGGGAGCCGGAGCAGGGGGGGAAGGGGGGGACCAGAAGGGCCAGGGACCCCCCAGGAGGAACCAGGACCGGGACCGGGACGGAUCCUACCACGGAUGGAGAGAACGUGGCGUCCCCCAGGGCAGCCCGAGGCGCUGGGCCCCCGGGGGUGGGGCCGGAGGAGGGGGCGGGGCCCCCGGGGCCGGAGGGGGCGGGGCCGGCCCAGGGGGCGUGGCCUCGGCCCAGCUGCAGCAGCAGAUCAUGGCGGCUCUGCGGCAGCUGAGGGACGACAUGAGGAGCGUCAUGGAGAGACUGGAGGCCGUGGAGCGGCUAGCGGCGGCGCAGGGCCCGGAGUGGAGGACGUGUCUCCAGUGUUCAGCUCCUCCUCCACAGGAGUCCCCCUGGUGGUCCCUGGACCUGCCCCCCCCCGCCCUCCUGCUGCUGCUGCUCUGGCCGUUUGCUGCUCAGGGACUGGUCCAUUACCUGGUCCGGAGGAGGAGCCGGUCCUGAGACCCGGACCAGGACCGGUUCUGGUCCACCUGCUGGUCCUGCUGAGACCUGGACUCGGUUCUGGUGGAGGAUCCGGAGACCUGGACUCUGGACUGAGAGGAUCCGGUUCUGGUGGAGGACAGAGGGUCCAGCAGAACCUCUGGUCCUGGUUCUGGUCCAGGUCUGGACCGGAUUCAUGGACCUGGUUCUGGUUCUGGUCUGGACCGGAUUCAUGGACCGGAUCCACUUUAAUGUUUCUGUUAAUAAUAAAUGUUGGUGAAGAACCAGGUCCUG